AUGGAUAUUUAUUCUUCCAAACUUUCUCCCGCGGUGGACUAUGGAAUCGGAGUCUUUCUGCUCAUAAUAGCUAUUUUGUCCAUUUUGGGCAAUCUCCUGGUCCUUUUAUUGGCAUACAAGCGAUCUUCUCACAUGAAGCCCCCUGAGCUCCUCAAUUUGAACCUGGCAGUGACAGAUCUUGGUGCAGCAGUCUCAAUGUAUCCUCUUGCUGUAGCAUCGUCAUGGAAUCAUUCUUGGUUAGGGGGUGAAGCCACUUGUGUGUACUAUGCCUGGAUGGGGUUUUUCUUUGGUGUAGCUAGCAUAGCCACCUUGACAGUCAUGGCUGUAGUGCGCUUCUCCGGAUCCCAGACACUACAGUCUCAAACAGUGAAAAUUAGUAAAAGGACGGUGCAGGUCUUGUUGGCAGGUACAUGGCUCUACGCUCUCUUAUGGGCUGUGUUUCCUUUGAUCGGUGUGGGUACAUACGGCCCUGAACCUUUUGGUCUUUCCUGCACACUGGCCUGGGCAGAAAUGAAGGAGCACAGCCCUUUCUUUGUCAUCAGCAUGUUUACCAUGAACCUGGUCAUACCAGCCAUCAUAAUCAUCUGCUGCUACUCUGGCAUCAUCCUUCGACUACAUUUAUCCUACAAGACUUUAGGAAAUGCCAAUUUCAUCCAGCGCAAAGUGAAGAUCCAGCGCCGUCUCAUGUUGAUUGCUGUUCUGAUCAGCGCUGGAUUCAUUGGCUGUUGGACUCCCUAUGGCAUAGUAAGUUUAUGGUCGAUGUACUCAACGUCCUCCAUCACCCCCUAUGUCAGUAUGCUGCCCUGCCUCUUUGCCAAGUCUUCCACUGUCUACAACCCACUAAUCUACUACAUCUACAGCAAGUCUUUCAAACAGGAGGCAAAGCGCUUUCUCCAGGUAUGCACUAGAUCCCAGGUAUCGCGUGGCUCUCAGUCGAAUAAUCUUGCAGAGAAUGGAAUAUACAUGGCAUGCAAAGGAACUACGACCAAAGAACACCUCCAUACGGAGAUUUAAUUUCAAAAGCACACAUGCUGAUGCACAAU